CCGUAGAAGGAGAUGUCACUUUAAGGUUUGCACGCGCGUCUGUGAAAAGUUACUAAAGCUCAUUUAUCAUCCAAGUCACCGGCGUGAAACCAAAGAAAUAUCUCUGUGCGUUGAAUCUCACUGGAUGCUAAAUUUUAGCGUCUUUGUGGGACAAAGAAUGGCGUCAAAAGUCGUUUAUUCGCCCAGAGACCCCAUGCUGAAGAAACGAGACGACUUUGAGGACGUUCUGGAGGAGAGGAGGCGGUCCAGUGACCUCAGAUACGCCCUCAGAUGUUACACGCCGGUUCUGUAUAAAGGACUGACUCCUUGCAAAGCCAGCGAGCUGAAGACGAUGGUCCUGGGGUCCGAUCAGCUGCAUUACGUUGUCAAUCAGGUUUCCAGAGAGUCUGGUGUUUCCGUGGAUGAAGUCCAGGCGGAGGCGUCGGUCAUCCUGGAGGAGAUGGCCCAGCGCCUGCAGCUCAGCACCAUCCGCUUCUUCGCCUUCACCCUCAGUAAGGUCUUCAAGGCGAUGUUCAGGAGCAUCUGCGUCAACGAGGAGGGUCUGCAGAGGCUUCAACAGGUCAUCCAGGAGCACCCAGUGGUUCUGUUGCCGAGUCACCGCAGCUACAUGGACUUCCUGCUGAUGUCGUACAUCCUGUACACCUACGACCUUCCUCUGCCGGUCAUUGCUGCUGGCAUGGACUUCAUGGGGAUGAAGGUUGUCGGGGAGAUGCUGCGAAUGUCCGGAGCCUUCUUCAUUCGCCGCUCGUUCGGCGGGGAUAAGCUGUACUGGGCUGUCUUCAGCGAGUACGUCAAAACCAUGCUGCGGAACGGAUUUGCCCCGCUAGAGUUUUUUCUGGAGGGAACCAGAAGCCGGACAGCAAAGUCUUUGACUCCAAAGUUGGGCCUGCUGAAUAUAGCCAUGGAUCCCUUUCUGAAGGGCGAAGUGUUCGACGUGAGCCUGGUUCCUGUCAGCAUCAGCUAUGAGAGGGUCCUGGAGGAGACGCUGUACGCCAGAGAGCUGCUGGGCGUCCCCAAACCCAAAGAGUCCACCUCAGGUCUGUUUAAAGCCCGGAGGGUCCUCAGCGAGGACUACGGCAGCAUCCACGUGUACUUCGGUCCGCCCGUGUCCGUCAGGUCUUUGGCCGAGGGCCGAGUGAACCGCAGUCAGUUCAGCCUGGUUCCGAGGCACAUCCCCAUGAGGCCCAGCGAGGACGUUCACGGCUUCGUCAACGACGCCGCCUACAGGCUGGUUCGAGCUCAGGAGGACAACAUGGUGCUGAAGCCCUGGGUCCUCCUGGCCUCCUUGCUGCUCCAGAACCAGGCUGCAGGGAAGAACCAGGGGGUUCCUCUGGGCGAGCUGAUCCAACAAGCCGUGUGGCUCCGGGAUCUGUGCCGGCAAUUUGGAGCCUUCCUGCACUGGCCAGACCACGUUCCUCCCUCGGAGGUGGUCUCCUCCAGUCUUUCCCUUCACUCUGGUCUGGUGAGGGUCUCUGAGGACAGAGUCUUUCUGGCUUUGGAACAAGGCCCUCCCUGCAGCCUCACAGCGGAGGAGGAGCUCUUGAGCCAGGCGGUAGUCGUGCUCUCCUGCGCCUCCUACAGGAACCAGGUGCUGCACGUGUUCCUGCGACCGGCGCUGCUGGCCUCAGCCAUCCACACGGCGUCUUCCUCUCAGAAACAGGACGUCUACAACAACUUCCUGUUUCUGAGGAACAUGUUUUCCAACGAGUUCAUCCUAUGUCCCGGAGCCGCAGUGCAGGACUUUGAAGAGGCGUGUUACCUUCUGACCAAGAGCGGCGCUCUCCACGUGAACCAGCAUGAGGUUCUGGCGACGGAGAGAGGACACAGAACUCUGGCCUUCCUCACCGGCGUCUUGGAUCCAUUUCUGCAGGGAUACCAGUUGGUCUGCAGGUUCCUGUGUGAAGACGCUACAGAAGCUCUGACUGAAAGACGUUUUGUUCCUGCCGUCCGGGAGUUUAUCAUCAAACAUCUUCUAAAAGGCAGACUAAGAUACCCUGAGGUGUUAUCUUCAGACCUGCAGAGGAACGCUCUGGCGGCGUUGCUGAGACUUGGAGCGGUGCAAAAGGUUCAAGGGGGGGAGGAGCCUGGCGCCCUGAAGGUCAACCGGGUGAUGGUGAACUCCCUGGAGGACACUCUGGGAGGAAGACUGUCCACGCAGAAGGCUCUGCGAGCUCACCUGUAACUAUUCACCCAACAGGCUAAAGAAAACGCCACAAAUAUUCACAUCCUCCAUUUUUUUAAGUACUAUUUUUAACAUUCAGUAAAAGCAGAUUUUUCAAGAGCUUUAUUCCAAAAUAAUGUAUGCAGUUUUUCCUCUCCUGUCGGUUUGUGGCUCUUUUGCACUUUAUUCUUUUAACUUGCUGUUUUGAUUUUCCAGUUUAAGUAAAAUAUUUGAGGUCUGUUGCCAACAAACUGCAGAUAAACAUAAUGCAGUGGAGGAACUGUUACCCCCGUAUGCCAAACUCUGAUGUUUCUUUCUAAAUCUGUUUCACAUAUUGUCAAAAAUUAAUAUUCAUAUUGUUUAUACUUAUUUUGUAUUCACAUAAAGUUAAAAAAAGAAGAACAAAUAUGCAGCAUUACUGUGAUUUCUUAUCCAAUGUCUCUGAAUGAGGGAUUUAAAAACACUCAGGGGAAGUUUCCAGAUUGGAGUUUGGUUUGUUUAAAACGUGUAAACUGAGGUUAUUUGUCUUUUCCUUAGUGGUAGUUUAUGUGCAUAAAUAUGGGCUGAAUAUCACAUCUGAUCAAUUUUGAGUCCUAAAAAAAUUGAAAUUAAACUAUAACGCCAAAAUUCCAAUGGAGAUACUUGAACAGAAAGCAUUAAAAUGUUCCAGAAAUCAUGAAUCUACUGAUGACACAUGGUGAACAUUCAGGUGUGCUUUAAUGUCUGAGCUUGAUUUUUGUGUGUGAAUUUAUGCCUUAAAUUGUUCGGCUCUGAAGCCUUUUAAUGUUUAAUUUUGAGAAAAGCUAAUGUGUGUGUUAAUAAAAAUGUUUUGCAAUACUU